UCCCUUGCUGUUGCUGUUGUGUCCAUCCAUGCUAAUAGAGUCACUCAUCCUUUAUUCAGAUGGCAAACAGAACCGUCAAAGAUGCUAACAGCAUACACGGGACCAACCCGCAGUAUCUGGUGGAGAAAAUCAUCCGGACUCGAAUAUACGAGUCUAAGUACUGGAAGGAGGAGUGCUUCGGUCUCACCGCCGAGCUGGUUGUCGACAAAGCCAUGGAGCUGAAAUUUGUCGGUGGUGUUUUUGGAGGCAACAUCAAGCCCACUCCUUUCCUCUGCCUCACUCUGAAGAUGCUGCAGAUUCAACCUGAAAAAGACAUCAUUGUUGAGUUCAUAAAAAAUGAAGAUUUCAAAUAUGUUCGUUUACUUGGAGCGAUGUACAUGAGGCUAACUGGCACUGCCGUGGAUUGCUACAAAUACUUGGAGCCGCUGUACAACGAUUACAGAAAAGUCAAAAGUCAGAACAGAAAUGGAGAGUUUGAGUUGAUGCAUGUGGACGAGUUCAUCGACGGGCUUCUUCACGCAGAGAGAAUGUGUGACAUCAUUCUGCCUCGGCUUCAGAAGAGACACGUCCUCGAGGAGGCUGAGAUGUUAGACCCUCGUAUCAGCGCUCUGGAGGAAGAUCUGGACGAGGUGGAGAGCAGUGAAGAGGAAGAUGAGGAAGAAGAGAAGCCGGAGAGACUGCAGACCCCCGAGCCCCACAGACGCCGUGACGGUUACCGAGACAACGACAGACCUCGUCGCUCUCCAUCACCUCGCUACAGACGCAGUCGCUCACCCAGAAGGAGGAGCCGAUCUCCAAAGAGGCGAAGCCCAUCGCCACGGAGAGACCGCCAUCGCAGCAAGAGCCCACGCCGUCACCGCAGCCGGUCCAGAGACAGACGCCACCGCUCCAAAUCCCCAGGUCACCACAGAAGCCACAGACAUCGCAGCCACUCAAAGUCCCAAGAGAGGAGUUCAAAAAAGAGUCACAAGAAGAGUCGGAGAGGAAACGAGUGAUCUUUUUUAAAAUGAUCUCUUCCUUUUUUUUUUUUUAACACCAAACCGUCAGAGUUCUUGCCUCUAAAACUUGUAUGAUAUUUGAGUUUUUGAAAUUUUAUAUUGCAAGUCAUUUCAGUCUUGGUGUUGGACCACUGAGGUGUCUGUAAGAUGCUACAGUGUAAAUCCCUCGGGUUUCAGCAGUGCGUAUGGACAGUAUCUAAUUAUUAACUCCUGAUUCUCUCAGCCUCAUUCUGUGGUUCAAACACUGAGAGAAAUCUAAUUUUACUCCCCAAUUUCAGAUAGAUAAAAACCAUCAGUGAUAACUUUUGGAUCUGUGUAAAUGUAGAAAAUGUUUGUCUGUAUGUGAGUUUCACACUUUGACCUGACAUUUGUCAGAAAUAAAGCCCCUGAUUCUUUAA